AUGCGUUCCCAAACAGUCCUCGCCCUUGGUCUUGUGGCUCUCGUGGUGUCUGCUUACGGCGCAACCACUACAUCAGAUCCAUCCUCGUCGUCGUCUUCCACCACAUCUGAUCCUUCGUCGUCAUCGUCUUCCACCACAUCUGAUCCUUCGUCAUCAUCGUCUUCUACCACAUCUGAUCCUUCGUCAUCAUCGUCUUCUACCACAUCUGAUCCUUCGUCAUCAUCGUCUUCUACCACAUCUGAUCCUUCGUCAACAUCGAAUUCUACCACAUCUGAUCCUUCGUCAACAUCGUCUUCUACCACGUCGGAUCCAAGCUCUUCGAAUUCGACAUCAACUCCUUCAAGUUCCUCGACUUCGCCCACUUCUUCCAGCAAGACCAGUACCUCGACCUCCAGCGUGGUGAAAAAGCUGAAGAAGGAGCUUCGCAGGGAGCGCAGACUGACACGCCAACUGAGACGACGGGAGAGGCGACAGAAGAGGGAACAGGAGACUCGCCGGAAGAAUCAGCAAGAAAGAAUCCAGACGAGGCGCGCUACAAGGAGGCGCAACCGUCGGGGUUAA